ACCCAGCCAUGAUCACCUUUUGCACAGAUGGUCACUGAAAUCAGGCACAGACACUUUUUACCUUUUUUUUAAUCCUUCCCUCCCUUUCUCUUCCUUUAUCUCCCCGCUUCCUCUCCACCUCUUCCCUAGGUUUUUUUUUUCUUUCUUUCUUUUUAGUUGUAGUUUGCGCGGUUUCUCCCUCCCUAAGAGGAAGAAUGAACCAUAGGCAAAUGUCAAGGGGGAAAUGUGCUGGAGAAAAAGGAAAGAAGGAGUGGUGAAGGAGGGAGGAGGAGGAGGGUUUUGCUAAGCGAUUGCCUUUUCCCCUGAGUCCGAGCCGGCUGGGAAUUAGCAACAGAAAGAUAAGGCAGGUUAUAUCCCCCUCCUCACAGCUCUGCUUUUCGACCCCUAGACAAUGAUACAAGUCUGGAGAGGGGGAUCGAUGUAUAGGAAUUUGGGAAAGGCUUGAUGAUAACCGCGUGUCUAAAGAAGUGGCUGUCAGACAGCUUGUGCAGACCGACAGGUAGGGAUGCAGCUUGCCCAGGAGCCCGGGCUCCGGGAGCACAGCUGGGAAGAAGGAGGCAGAUCGCACAGCGUGCUCUCCAGGCUCCGCGCUGCCUCAGCCCGCUCAGUGCCCGGGGGGGCGGGGGGUAUGGCCACACGUCCGGCCCCUGCCUGCAUGCUUUCCAAGGCAUCCUCCAACCAGUGUGACCCCAGAAGUGAAGUCAAGCCCCACACGAUGCAUUUAAGAAAUUGCCCAGUUGACUCAGGGAAGGGGAAAAUGCGAUGUGAGACAGGGAAUGUGGCUCUUGGGAACAUGGCUGGAGAAGGCUGAGGGAUGCAAAGCCCGCUAGGGACCCGGCGUGGGGGGUGAAAAGUGGGGAUUUGCUUCCAGCAGGGAAAGGCACUUUUCUCCAACAAUACUUGAGCUCUGAUCGUGCACUCCCGGGGCAGGGUAGCAUUACACGAGCAGAGUCAGGGUUAUCCAGGGCAUGAGGCAGUGCGCCCGGGAUGUAACCUUUCUAGCCAUUUAAACACAAAGAAGAGGGAGAGCAGGAGUUUCACUUGGAAAUCCAGAGAGCACGGCUUGUCUGCAGAAUGUCAAGCAAAGAUCGACACAUUGAUUCUAACUGUUCGUCAUAUAUCAAGACGGAACCAUCAAGCCCCGCCUCUUUGACGGACAGCGUCAACCACCACAGCCCUGGUGGCUGUUCAGACGCCAGUGGGAGCUAUAGUUCAACCAUGAAUGGACAUCAGAAUGGGCUGGACUCGCCAUCCCUCUACCCUUCCGCCACAGGGCUUGGAGGCAAUGGGCCAGGCAGGAAACUAUAUGAGGACUGCUCCAGUACCAUUGCUGAAGAUUCACAGACCAAGUGUGAAUAUAUGCUGAACUCGAUGCCCAAAAGACUGUGUUUGGUGUGUGGUGAUAUUGCGUCAGGGUACCACUAUGGGGUGGCUUCCUGUGAGGCCUGCAAGGCUUUCUUCAAGAGGACAAUUCAAGGUAACAUAGAAUACAGCUGCCCAGCAACGAAUGAAUGUGAAAUCACAAAGCGCAGACGCAAAUCCUGCCAAGCCUGCCGCUUCAUGAAGUGUCUAAAAGUUGGCAUGCUGAAAGAAGGGAGGCGCAGGACUUCCAGGGCCCCUCAGCCAAUCAGACAUGUGGGGGGACCCACUGUGCUCCACUGUGAAAAUGAUGCCCGAUGCCAUGCCAGGACAAUGAAAUCUGGAGGGAGCCUCCAUGAAUUAGGGGUCCGUCUAGACAGAGUACGUGGAGGUCGCCAGAAGUACAAGCGCAGAAUAGAUGCAGAGAAUAGCCCAUUCCUGAACCCUCAGCUAGUUCAGCCAGCAAAAAAGCCAUAUAACAAGAUUGUCUCUCAUUUACUGGUGGCUGAACCAGAGAAGAUCUAUGCCAUGCCUGACCCCACUGUUCCAGACAGCGACAUCAAAGCGCUCACCACCCUUUGUGACCUGGCAGACAGAGAAUUGGUGGUCAUCAUUGGAUGGGCUAAGCAUAUUCCAGGUUUCUCCACUUUGUCUCUGGCUGACCAGAUGAGCCUUCUGCAGAGUGCUUGGAUGGAGAUUUUGAUUCUGGGUGUUGUGUACCGAUCACUGCCUUUUGAAGAUGAGCUUGUCUAUGCUGAAGAUUAUAUAAUGGAUGAAGUCCAGUCCAAAUUGGCAGGCCUUCUUGACCUCAACAAUGCCAUCCUGCAGCUGGUAAAGAAAUACAAGAGCAUGAAGCUGGAGAAAGAAGAGUUUGUCACCCUCAAAGCUAUAGCGCUUGCUAAUUCAGACUCAAUGCACAUAGAGGAUGUUGAAGCAGUUCAGAAACUUCAAGAUGUCUUACAUGAGGCUCUGCAGGAUUACGAGGCUGGUCAACAUAUGGAAGACCCACGUCGAGCUGGCAAAAUGCUGAUGACUCUCCCGCUUCUGAGGCAAACCUCCACUAAGGCAGUGCAGCAUUUCUACAACAUCAAACUGGAAGGCAAAGUUCCCAUGCACAAACUUUUUUUGGAAAUGCUGGAGGCCAAGGUUUGACUAAAGCAUCAUGGGCCUUCCCAUCAUGCACGUUGAAAAAAAAAGGGAAAAUAAACAGGAUAAUAAUGGCAAAGAAACUUAGUGUUUAAUUAAGAAAAAAAAAUGACUGCACUGAAAUUAGCAGCAAGACUGUGAAGCAGCUUUCAGCUCUUUCUUCUGUGUCUAUCUGAUGCAGUUUUCCUUUUUCUUUUCUCUCUUUCCCUUUUCUGUUCUUUCAGUUUUUUUCUUUUUCUUUUCUUUUUUUUUCCUUUGCUGCUGAACUUUUUAAAAGAGGUCUCUAAUUGAAGAGAGAUGGAAGCCAGGCCUGCCAAAGGAUGGAAAUCCAUAAUAUGGAUGCCAGUGAACUUAUUAUGAACCAUAAUGUCCCCAAUGACAAAGGAAUCAAAGAGAGAACCAUCGUACCUAGCAGUACAGUACAACACGAUGAACUGACUGAAUGCAGUAUUAGAUUUCAUAGGAGCAGUCUCUAAUUAGACGACUAAGCGACGAUGCAUCGGCUGCUUCUUAUCAUUGCAUUUUCCAUCUAGAUCAGUUACAGCCAUUUGAUUCCUUAAUUGUUUUUUCAAGUCUUCCAGAUAUUUCUUAGGUUAGCUACGAUGUAACUUUUUCAGGGAAUAGUUUAAGCUUUAUUCAUUCAUGCAAUACUAAAGAGAAAAAAAAUACUGCAUUAUUGUGCUGGCUUGAACAAUGAUGAACAAUAAUGAAGGACAAAUGAAUCCUGACGGAAGAUUUUUUUAACUGUUUUGUUUCUUCUUACUAAUGGAGAUUUUUUUGUACCAGCUUUACCACUUUUCAGCCAUUUAUUAAUGUGGGAAUUUAUCUUACUAAAGCAAUAGUUGAAGGGAAGGUGCAUAUUAUCACGGAUGCAAUUUAUGUUGUGUGCCAGUCUGGUCCAAAACAUCCAGUUUCUUAACAUGAGCUCCAGUUUAUAACUAAAUGUUCACUGACUGAAAGGAUUAGAUUACACCUACAGUAUAUCUGAGUAGUCUAAUAUAUACAAACUCCAUAUUGAAUACAAAUCUGUCAAGAUGUUAGGAAAGUGCGACCGUAUAUAAGUACAAUCGCUACAUGAUCUCUAACUGCUUCAGUUGUAAACAAAUGAGAUACUGCCUGUUAUUUGCAAAAUUACAAAGUUCUUACAUGAAGACCUGUGAACCAAUAAUAACUCAGAGGCAAUAAGGCAAAUGCCAAGGUUUGCAAAAUUAAGAAAUCAGAAUAGUAGAUUUCUGACCAAAUUCAAGAAUUUAACACUUCUACACUAUAUCUGUUAAUUUAAACUUUAUUUUGUAAAUUGCAAUCUUUAACAAGUAGCUAAACCAGUAUAUGUGCUUUUCAACCAGUAUUGUCACAGCAUGGAAGUCGGACAGUUUCAAGACUGUUAAGAGGUGUAAUCUAAUGUAUAAACUAAUUAGAUGCCCCCAGAAAACUACAGUCGCUAAAUAACCAAUAAACAAUAACCUCCAUCAAAUGCUAUACCAAUGUACCAGUGUUAGUAGCUGCUCCCUGUACUAUGUGAACAUCCUUAUUCUAUGUACACAGAUGUAAUUAAAAUUGUAAUCCUAACAAACAAAAGAAAUGUAGUUCAGCUUUUCAAUGUUUCAUGUUUGCUGUGCUUUUCUGAAUUCUUAUGUUGCAUUCAAAGACUGUUGUCUUGUUCUUCUUGUGGUGUUUGGAUUCUUGUGGUGUGUGCUUAUAGACACAGGGUAGAAUUAGAGACAAUAUUGGAUGUACAAUUCCUCAGGAGAUUACAGUAGUAUAUUCUAUUCCUUACGGUAAUAAGGUUCUUCCUAGUAAUAAUUAAGAGAUCGAAACUCCAAACAAGUACUCAUUAUGAACAGAUACACGUUGAAAUCGUAAUAUUUUCAAACAAGGGAUAAUUUCUGUAACAGUUUAUUAUAGAAUACCAAUGUAUAGCUUAGAAAUAAAACUUUGAAUAUUUCAAGAUUAUAGAUAAGUCUAAUUUUUAAAUGCUGUAAAUAUAGCUUUUAUUCAAUCAUCUCUCAGAUGGUGUUAUUAACUCGCUCUGUGUUGUUGCAAAACUUUUUUGGUGCGGACAAGUUUCCAAAACUAUUGCUACUUUGUGUGCUUUAAACAAAAUACAAUAGGAUGAUGGUACAUCGGCCUUGUGCUAGAAAAUACUGUGUAUCUAUCAUUAGCUAUAUGGGACUAUAUUGUAGAUCGUGUUUUCUCAGUAGAGAAGUGACUGUAGUGUGAUUCUAGAUAAAUCAUCGUUAGCAAUUCAUUCAGAUGGUCAAUAACUUGAAAUUUAUAGCUGUGAUAGGAGUUCAGAAAUUGGCACAUCCCUUUUUAAAAAUGAUAAAAAAAAAAAAAUACAACUCCUGGGAAAAAAGGUGCUGAUUCUAUAAGAUUAUUUAUAUAUGUAAGAGUGCAAAAAAAAUAUUUUCCAGAAAGUUUGUGCAGGGUUUAAGUUGCUACUGUUCAAUUACACUAUAUAUAUAUAAAUAUAUAAUAUAAAUAUUGUUUUUGCUGUAUCACAUUGAAAAACUUGGGCUUCAGAGUCAAAAGCCAAUCAACUCAAGAAAUACAAAAAACACACAAAAAAAAGAGGAAAUGUGUUAAAGGCACACGGUGCAAAGUUUAGUUUUCAUUUUCAGUAAUUUUUCAGAGCUGCAAAAGAACAAGUAUCUCGAGACUGUAAACAUAUUAACUGAACUAUAGCUAAAAGAACUGCACGGGCUUUAUAGUAUUGUUCAUCUUAAACCUUGCUGGAGAAGAGUACUUUCAAGACCACUUACUUAAUGUGAAGUGUUGGGUAAAUUUCAAAAGGUGUAUGUUUUAGCCAUAACAAUUUAAUUUCUAUUUUUUGCUUCAUUUUUUAAUUUUUUUUCUUAUUUAAAGCAAUAUGAUUGUGUGACUCCUUGAAGUUACACAUUUGUUUCAAUCAGAUCAGAUUGUUGUAUUUAUUCCACUAUUUUGCAUUUAAAUGAUAACGUAAAAAGAUAUAAAAAAUUAAAACUGCUAUUUUUCUUAUAGAAGAGAAAAUGGGUGUUGGUGAUUGUAUUUUAAUUAUUUAAGCGUCUCUGUUUACCUGCCUAGGAAGACAUUUUAUGGCAGUCUUAUCGUGCAAAGAUUGCAAAAGGACAAAAAAAAAAAAAUUAAACUGCUUAUAAUAAUCCAGGAGUUGCAUAAUAGCCAGUAGUAAAAAAACAUGUCUAUAGCUGUAGAUGGGCUUCACAUCUGUAAAGCAAUCAACUGUAUAUUUUUGUGAUGUGUAUCAUACCGUGUGCUCCAACCAAUGUCCAUUUGUGUAAAUGUAUUUAUUUUAUAUUGUAUAUAUUGUUAAAUGCAAAAAGGAGAUAUGAUUCUGUAACUCCAAUCAGUUCAGAUGUGUAACUCAAAUGAUUAUGCCUUUCAGGAUGAUGGUAGAGCAAUAUUAAACAAGCUUCCACUUUU